UGUAAAUCAUUGAUUUGCUUGUAAAGAUAACACGAUUUAAUAAAUGUCCCCAUUUAAUUUUCGCGUCAUUAUUUAACCGAAAAUGUCCAGUUUUUACUUGUACUAUACCGCGUGCGUGGCGAAUUUGAUUGCGUUCACUGUGGGGCUUGCCUACGGGUUGGCGUCCCCCCUCCUCCCGAGACUCAACGGAAGUGUGGACCCCGAUAACAACCCACUGGACCCACCCCCAACCCCUUCCGAGGAGUCUCUAAUCGCGUCUUUACUAUCACUUGGAGCUAUUUUCGGCCCACUUUUAACCGGUCUCUUUGUUGAUAAAAUCGGGCGGAAAAAAACGCUCCUAAUCGUGGCUUUGCCCAUAAUUGCGUCAUUCCUGACCAUGGCUUUCGCCCAUUCGGUGGUACUUUACUACAUCGCGCGUUUGGUCAUGGGUGUGGGGGCGGGGAGCGUCUUCACAGUCAUGCCCAUGUACCUGGGGGAGAUCUCCGAGGACCGCAACCGCGGCACUUUGGGGUGUCUCAUGUCGACGUUUAUCGCCUCUGGGGUGCUUUUCGACUACGCCGUGGGGCCGUUUUUGACCGUUCAGUGCUACUGUUUGGUGUGUUUGGCGCCUCUGGGGGCGUUUUUGGCGCUGUUUGGGGGGUGGGCCCCCGAAUCGCCCCAAUUCCUGGCCUUGAGGGGCGAUGAGGGGCGCUUGAGGGCGUGUUUGGCCAAGUUGCGGGGGUCGCGGGACGUUGAUAAGGAAAUUGUCGGUGUUAGGGAGAGUCUUAAGGGGGCUCAGGGCGGUUUGAGGGAGUUGUUUCAGUCAAGGGCUAGUCGCAAAGGGUUGGUUAUAACCGUCGGUUUGAUGGUUUUGCAGCAAAUGGCUGGGAUCAACGCUGUGAAUUCGUACUUGCAGACGAUUUUCGAUGCAACAGGAAGCGGGCUUUCACCGGAAAUCUCCUCGAUUAUUAUAGGAACGGUUCAGGUCUUCACCACGGUGUUAACAUCGUCGCUUGUGGAUAGAUCGGGGCGGAGGAUUCUUCUUUUAUUUUCAAUGGUCGGGUCAGGUGUUUCUCUUGUUUCGCUUGGGUCGUAUUUCUACCUCAAAAGCAACAGUUUCCAAGUCGAUACACUCUCCUGGCUUCCAGUAAUGAGUUUAGUUGUUUUUAUUAUCUCGUUUAAUAUCGGCUUGGGGCCGAUUCCGUGGGCCGUCAUGGCGGAGAUGUUUCCGCCAAAUGUUAAAUCAAUUGCUUCGACUUUCUCCAGUAUUGUGUGUUUUAUUGCGGCUUUUACCAUCACUUUGAUUUUUCCGUCGUUGGCUGAGGUGCUGGGCAUGGGGCAGGCCUUCUGGUUUUUUGCUACGUUUUGCGCCCUGGGGGCGGUUUUUGUCUAUUGCGUCCUGCCGGAGACCAAGGGGAAGAGCAUGCAGGAGAUACAAGCGCUUCUGGAUCGAAGUUUUGUCAAAUAAAUUAUUUUUUUUUUUA